GCGGGCCGCUGCGCGUCCCUCAUACCUCACCGCCGGCGCCGCGCCGUCCUCUCACCUAUCGCCACGCGCGUUCCCGCCCGCCCCUUCGACCUCCAUCUACUGCCUCGCGGCGUUGCUUCCCGAUGUCGUUCCGAGGUCGUGGAAGAGGGGGCCGAGGGCGAGGGAGAGGUGGGGGCUUCGGGUACGACCACCCGGCCAAGCACGUGCCACACGAGGACUUUCCGGACAUCGCUCUGCCUGAGAUGAAGUGCGCCAAGGCGAGCAACGAGGAGAAAGCGCUGAUUGUGUCCACCUUGAAACUCGAGGAGUUCUGGAGGAGUUCCUGCUACUACCUGGAGGAGGAUGCUCCCAAGAAAAAGAAUGAAGACAAAGAGAUUGAAAGAUUUUCUGAUAGGAAACGUAAGACACAAAGCAAACGUGAAGGUCUUGCGUCAUAUCUCAAACUAGCUCCUUCAAAUUUCCCUUCUGAACUGGUGCAAGGAUCUAGAAGAGGGCAAGCAACCAACAAGAAACUCCGGUGGGAUAAGGAGUCAGAUGAGCAGGCAUUUGAAGCAUUUGAGAAGCUUGAACAAAAGCACAAGGAUGGAAGCAAGGUGGAGAAGGAAGGUGAUGACGAGGAUGAGCAAGAAGAGGAAGUACAAGAGGAGGAGGAAAAUUCAGACGAUGACUAUAAUCAAAAUAUCGAGUUUGAUGACGAUGAUGAUGACUGGAACCAAGAGGAUGAAGCACAGGAAGACUUCUACGAUUAAUUAUGGAUGAGCAUAUUUUUUCUCCUUUUUUCCUCUCCUUUUCACUUGUGACUUCACCCAGCAAAAUUAUUAGAGAGCAAUCUUUAUUCUGGUAUUUCUAGUCACGAUGGUCACGUGCUUUGUUAGAAACUCAGGAAUAUCAGAACAGUGAAAGACGACGUUGC